AUGCCUAGGAGGUUGCAUUGUGUCUGUGUGGGGCAAGUGCUAAACUAUUUUGGUAACGGUUAUGAUUGCAAGGUUAUCGGGGGAUGCAUGCAAGUUAUAAUCGUUUCAUUUCUAGUCGUUGAUGUGAGGUUUGGCUACACGUUAGUGAUAACGUUAUGCUCUAGAUGA